GUGUGCUGGUUUGGUUGCCACGAUAACUAACAAACAAAGUUCUGUACAUUUCUCAAAAAUUGAUGAUGGUCCAAUGACACAGUAGUAGAUCGCAUUUAAGGUACGAGUCAGUAAUAUAAUAAAUUUGUUGUCAGAACAGUGAGCAAACCAACAUAGUUUUAUCUCCUCUUUACAUAUACUACUUCCAAAGUUCUAGCCACAACCACAGAGAGAGAGAGCACACGUAAUCACAAGCCAUGAACCAAACCAAAACCUCCACCGACGAUGAAAACACCAAACCGGCCUCCACUGUACCGGAAUGGACAAGGGAAACAAUCAACGGUGGCUCGUUCCGUCACGUUGGCCUCAACACAGGAACCAACGGCUGGGCAUCACCACCAGGUAACGUUUUCCCUCUCCGUUCACGAAACUACUUCACCACAAAACAGAAGUCUCCCGGAGGAGACUACCUCCUCUCUCCCGCCGGAGUGGACUGGCUCAAAUCCACCAAAAAACUCGACCAUGUCCUCUCUCGUCCCGACAACCGUAUAGCUCACGCAAACAAAACCUCUCAAUCUCCUAGCAGCUUCAUCUUCGCUGUUAAUAUCCAGAUCCCAAGCAGAGAACACUACUACUACAGCUUUGUCAUCUACUUCGCAACGCAAGAACCAAUAUGUUCAGACUCAAUCCUCCACAAACUAAUCAACGGAGACGAAGACGACACUUUUAAACGUGACGAGAGGUUCAAGAUUGUUAGCAACGUUGUGAAAGGUCCUUGGGUUGCUAAAGCAGCUGCUGGGAAGUUUGGUGCGUUCGUUGCUGGCAAAACUGUGAAGUGUAGUUAUCAUAGAGGAGCUAACUAUCUUGAGAUCGAUGUUGACAUAAGCAGCUCAGCGAUCUUGACAGCGCUUGUUAGGUUUAUGUUAGGGUUUGUUACAAGUUUGACGGUUGAUAUAGGUUUUGUCGUGGAGGCUCAUACGGAGGAUGAGUUGCCUGAGAGAUUGAUCGGUGGUGUUAGGAUUUGUCAUAUGGAGUUAUCUUCUGCGUUCUUGGUUGAUGAUGAUGAGAAGAACAAGGAUGAUAUGAAACAACGGCGGAGGAUGAUGGGUGCGGCGGAAUAAGAGAUUACGUACGGCGAGGAUGUGAAUUUGAGAUUUGGAAACGAAGUCAACUGUUUCUUAUUUAAUAAAAUUAAAUAUGAGCUGUAUAAAGAUACUAGUUUAAUUAUUCUUGUGUUCCA